AUGCCGAUUGUUCUUAACAUCAUAAUUCCUUUAAAUGAGACUCGGCCAAAACAGCUAGUGUAUGCAAUAAAUUUUCCCUUCGAUCAUGAUCAAUAUAUCAACUGGAUUAUAGUCCACGGAGGUGUUACAGCUUUUAUCAAUUUAUCGGUUAUGAUUUCAAAUGAAGCAAUGGUUGCUGUAUGCACACAACAUGCUUGUGCACUGUUUACAAUAAUCAGUCAUCGACUUAGGUACGCUUUAGAAAAGACCAAUACAACAACUCUUAGCUUGGAAAAAACUAAAAAAGAUCUUCUUUAUAAAGAAAUGUCUUUUUGCAUUCAGUACCAUAACUAUGCGAUUGUGUAUUCUAAAACCCUUGAAUCUUUUUGCUCUCCAUUUCUUUUAUUAACAAUAGGUGGUAAUAUAAUAACAAAUAGUGUUGUAAUGAUGCAGACCUUAAUUUCUCUGGGAAAUAUAAUUUCUACCAUCAAAUUUGGAUCUUUUUCAAUAGCAAUAGUCUUCAACACGUAUGUUCUUAGUUUGCCUGGUCAAAAUUUAAUAGAUCAUAGCUUCGAUGUUGCAAAUGAGGCGUAUAAGGCUUGUUGGUAUGAUAUGCCAACAAGAUCGAAAAAACUACUAAUUAUGAUAGCCAUGCAAAGUUACAGACCCUGCAAAGUAACGAUUGGCAAAAUCUGUACAUUAGAUUUGAUUCUCAAAGCAUCGGUUUCUUACUUCACUGUACUAUCAUCGGUCCGCUAA